AUGGAAGUGAACAAGAUUGAAAACCUCGUGAAAGAGAAGAAGAAAAAGGCGUGGGAAGAUGAUAAUGAUAUUGCCGCUGCUGCAGAGGCUUCUGAAGGAAUUUGGGAGGAAAUGCAGAAGAAUAAGAGGGCAACAUCUUUUAACUUUGAGCCUGCAGGACAAUACCUACAAACAACACUCUUUGACUUCCCAAAUUCUCUAAAACAUCCCAAUUUUAAAAGAUGGGAUGUUUUAGAGAACUUGGGAAGUGAAAGAGUAAGCUCCAUUGAAGAAAAUGAAGCAAAUGCUCUAGAAAUUGAAUCAAAUGCUCAACAUGCACAAAAUGAUCCUGAAAAAGUAUCAAUUUCUCCUAAUGAAUCUACUGUAACAUCUGCAAAAAUAGCGUUGGAAUAUUUCAAAUAUGAUAAUGAUGAAAAUAUCAAUUUAUCUUUGAUGGGAAGAGUUGUUGAUGAUCGUGAGGAUGCGUUGCGUUUGUACAAAGCUCAUUCAAGAGCAAUUGGAUUUAGUAGAAAGAAAAAAGAAAAGGAGAUAGCAAAUACAGAAUUCAUAACAGAGAAAAAAGAGCCAUCAAAGAUGAGAACAGUAAGGUCAGUUAAUGAGACUAGAACUGGUUGUAAGGCUAAUAUAAGAUUCAAGAGGACAAAAUCUAGAGAGUAUUGUGUUAUUCAACACAAUAUAAAACAUAAUCAUGAUUUGGUUAAUCCUUUAGAAAGACAUCACUUGAAAUCUGAAAGAAAUGUAAAAGAAGAGAUAGGAUGGGUGAUUGAAAAGAUGGUAGAGAGUGGAAUUAAACCAAUGGACUGCUUUGAGUUUCUUAAAAGAGAAGUAGGAUCAAAGGAAGCUUUAGGACACACAAAGAGAGAUCUAUUAAACUAUGUAACUAGGUAUAAAUCUAAGAUAAUUGAAGGAGGUGAUAUGCAAAGUGUACUAAACACACAACAAGAGAGGGCAGAAUCAAAUUCUUCUUUCUUUUACAGAUUAAAGUUUGGUGAAACUGAUCAUAUAGUAAGUUAUUUUUGGCAUGAUUCAAUGAUUUUAGAAGAUUUUAAAGCUUUUGGAGAUGUAAUAAUAUUUUAUACCACAUAUAGAACUAACAAAUAUGGUUUAAUAUGUGCACCAUUUGUUGGAGUAAACAAUCAUUGGAGAACAACAAUGUUUGGGUGUGCUUUUAUAACUAAUGAAACUACAGAAACUAUCGAAUGGGUACUUGAUACUUUCAAAAAGUCUAUGGCUGGAGCGAAACCAAAGAUAAUUUUCACUGAUCAGGAUCAAGCAAUGAGCAAUGCAAUUGCAAAGAAAAAUGAUAUCCUCAAAAAACUAUAUGAUAUCAUACAGAAACUGGAUGAUAUCCUCCAAAAACUAGAUGAUAUCCUGUUAAGGUUAUAUGGUAUCCUCUAA